AUUUUCCCAUCGCGCGAACCACCGUACAGUUUCUCGAACUACAACCGCCGGUCCGGUCCGGUUUGGAACAGCUCCCACACUCACGAGAAGACCGUGAAGUAAACAGAACCGCCGACCUCUCUCUCCCCCAUAAAUAUUCUCCCCCACCUCUCUCUCCUCCCAUUUUCUUGCAAGCUCUCUCUCUCUCUCUCUGUUUUGAUGCUCUCCUUCUUCCUCCGAAAUCCGAACCCUUGGAUCUCUCUCCAAAUCAAGGGUUCAUAUUCGCCGAAAUUUCCGAUUCCUGAUGAGAUUCUCGCGUAUCGGGCAUCAGCUGUCCCCGUCUAAAACGGAGGGACGAAAGCAAUCUCAUCCCAAUUUCUCAGCGAUGGGUGUCGGUCGGAAUGUAGAAGGUCCGUCGUAUCGGUUCUGGAUCAAGUUCCAGAAGCAAUCCGUCUUCGCCGCGUAUACACCGUUCGUUCUGUCUUUGGCUUCUGGAAGAUUGGAAUUGGAGACGUUCCGGAAAUACAUCGCACAGGAUGUGUAUUUCCUUAGGGCUUUCGUGCAAGCGUAUGAUAUGGUGGAGGAUUGUGCAGACGAUGACGAUGCAAAGGCGGCGAUAUGCUAUUUGAGGAAUAGGGCUUUGGAGGAGAAGAAAAUGUAUGAUUUCUCAAUGAAAGAAUGGGGUGUGGACCUUGCAAAAGAGAGCUCUCCGAACCCUGCGACUCUUAAAUAUACAGAUUUCCUGCUAGCGACCGCUUCAGGAAAGGUUGAAGGAGGAAAAGGCCCUGCCAGAAUUGCAACUCCUUUUGAGAAGACAAAACUUGCUGCUUAUACAUUAGGAGCGGUGACUCCUUGCAUGAGGCUCUAUGCCUUUUUAGGUAAGGAGCUUCAGUCAUGUCUGGAUCCUGCAGAAACCAGUCACCCCUAUAAGAAGUGGAUUGGCAGUUAUGCCUCUGAAAGUUUUGAGGCAGCAACUAUGCAAACUGAGGAAAUGCUUGACAAACUAAGUAUCUCUUUGACGGGGGAGGAGCUUGAAGUCAUAGAAAGGCUUUAUCAUGAAGCUAUGAAUCUUCUGAUAGAAUUUUUGUCUGCUCAGCCAAUUGUUCAUCGAACUGUAGUCCCUUUCUCAAGAAUGCAGGAGCCAGCGGAGCGCCAUCUCGUUAUAUUUUCUGAUUUUGAUUCGACGUGUACUGUUGUUGAUUCCUCUGCCAUCUUAGCAGAGAUUGCGAUAUUAACUGCACCCAAAGCUGAUCCUAGUGGACCUGAAAAUCCAAUUGUUCGAAAGUCGUCAGCUGAUCUAAGGAGCUCGUGGGAUGUUCUUUCUAGUCAAUAUACUGAGGAACAUGAACAGUGGAUACAGAGCAUUAUGCCCAGUGAAAGAGUGAAUGCAUUUAACUAUGAAGGUCUAUGUAAAGCACUUGAGCAGCUUUCGGACUUCGAAAAACGAGCAAAUUCUCGAGUCAUUGAGUCUGGAGUGUUGAAGGGCUUGAAUUUAGAGGGCAUAAAACGGGCAGGGGAACGCCUAAUUCUCCAAGAUGGUUGUGUGGGUUUUUUCCAGCAGAUUGUAAAGAAGAAGGAAGAGCUUAAUGCAGAUGUCCAUAUACUUUCAUAUUGUUGGUGUGGAGAUCUCAUUAGGUCAGCUUUUUCAUCAGGAGGUUUAAAUGUUUUGAAUGUACGCUCAAAUGAGUUUGCUUAUGAAGAAUCUAUUUCCACGGGGAAAAUCCUGCAGAAGGUGGAAUCUCCCAUGGACAAGCUUCGGGAUUUCAAAGACAUCUUGAAGAACUGUAGUGAAGGCGGCAAACGUAUAUCAGUUUACAUUGGUGACUCGGUGGGUGACUUGCUUUGCCUGCUUGAAGCAGACGUGGGCAUUGUCAUCGGAUCAAGCUCAACCCUAAGGAGAGUGGGUCGUCAGUUUGGUGUCUUUUUUGUUCCCUUGUUCCCUGCUUUGGUCAAGAAACAGAAGGAAUUCAUUGAAGGGGUCCCAUCUACUUGGAAGGGACUGACUGGCACUCUUUAUAGGGUCUCUAGUUGGGCAGAAAUACAUGCCUUUAUUUUGGGGCUACACAAUCAUCUUUGAUGAGUUUUCUUUUCCGUGCUCAUCCCUUUUUGCUUAGAAGUUAGAAUGAAGCCAGGCAUUAUCCCUGGGAUGAAUAUCUUGAUGGUGGUGAAUUUUAUGAAGUGCCACCCAUCAACUCUUUCUUCUUUUCUUCAAUUUGGACUGCUGUGCAGAUUCAGUUGCCGGGAUUCACACAUUAUGGCAAUGAGCAGUCAAAGAGGUGGAGUAAGAUAUAAGAUGCUGUUUGUCUGAGUAGAUUUUGAUGCAAGUGAAAUUCUUUUACUGGGGAUGUAAGUGCAAUUCUUUCACUUGGGUUUGGAGUUUGGAAGAUGCAUGCCGCUUUAGUUUCACAGGGUGGUAUUAAUGCUGGUCAUCUUGUUUCAUGAAUUUUUACUGGGGUGAGUUUCAUGUAAAGCUUCCGACUCUGCCCAUUUUUUGUGUUCGAUUGGCUCUCCAAUGGACGAAUGGCUGGAACUUGUGGGUAUCAUUUCUUACUAAGUUCUCUUCCUGUCGAAACCUGUAGUAAUCUGAAGAAGGGCUACUUUUGCCUGAAAAGCUUUAUUAUUAUUAUUAUUAUUAUUAUUUUAUUUUUUUUGUUGCCACUCCACACUGUAGUGGAAUCAUUCCCCAUGAAAUAUACACCAAAACAAGUAAGUAUGCUUUAUGAAUGCAUGGUUAAAACGA